AUGGGCGCGCGCGCGCCGAUGAUGGCGCGGACGAUGACGCGCGGAUCGACGGUGGCGCGCGCGGAAAAGUUUGACGCGGAUGACGUCCUGCGCACGAUCGCCGAUAAGUGGGAGGAGACGGAGAAUAAGUCCACGGUGAUCACGUACGUGGCGGGCGCGACGGCGGCGGUGUGGCUGUCGUCCACGCUCGUUGGUGCGAUUAACGUCGUCCCGCUCCUGCCCAAGGUGAUGGAACUCGUCGGCUUGGGGUACUCGACGUGGUUCGUGUACCGGUACGUCUUGUUCAAGGAGUCGCGCAAGGAGCUCGCGGAGCAAGUGGACGCGUUGAUGAGCCGCGUCUCGGGCGAUUAA